GCCCGCACUGCGCGUGCUCCAUCCCCCCCCCCCCCCCAACCCGGCGGUGUGAGGGGACGGGGCGGGAAGGGGGGGUUGUGGGCGACUCGUCCCUCUCAUGGCUCCCAAAGCACCUCGGGAACGGGUGUUCGCUGGCAGCUGGCUGCUUUCUGAGCCUCUGGUGGUUGGGCUCCUGUCAGAAUCCCCCCCACCGUGAGGGCUCCCGCCUCGGGGUCGCCGCCCGCCUCAUGAGGGACAGCCCCGGUGUAGGCUUACUGAGCUCCGCCAGCCGGCGCUGCGAGGCGCCGCCGCCUCACCCCACAGCUUACCCGGGAUAUGUGGGGGUCAGCUGCGCUGCGGGCUUUGUCGGUCCCUCACGGUGACCUCGCAGGCUCCUCGCGGCGCUGAGGGGAGAGCAGCACCCCCUGUGGUCGCAGCCUGGGUGGGAAGCAUCCCCCUACCCCAAAAAAGACCUGGGGGCGGCCGCUGUGGAGGUGCCGGGUCUGCCCCGCUCCUCCGAGCCGCCGGGGGGUGCCCGGCUCAGCUGCGGCUUGGGGGCGGUGCUGCGCGGGAGCUCCAACGGGCCGGCGGCUGAGGGGAAGGAGCCGGGGGAACAGCGGCUGGGCGCCUUUCUCUUCGCUCGGAGCCAGCUGCCGGCGGCCCCUGCCGUGUUCCUGAGGGAUGUCCUCGCAGGGCAACAGCUCCGGCGCGGCAGUGGCGGACGGGGAAGGGUCCGAGAAGAAGCGGAAAGGAGGAAGAAUCGUGAGUUCCCGCUACCUGCAGUACGAAAAGAAAGACCCGAAGAAGGAUACUACAGCAAAUUCCUUUUCAAAGUCGAUUUCUAAAGCACCUUCUGCAGUUAAACCAAAAUCGGUUCCUUCUCAGAAAAGUAAAACUUCUGCUGGUGUUGCUUCUGGCUCUCUAAAUCAAAGUAGUUUUGAGAAAAAUGAUUUGCAGUCCACUUUAUUAGAUGGAGAUAAAAUUACUAGACCAGACCUUGAUCUUUCAGCUAUUAACGAUAAAACUACCCUUAAAAAGACUUCUGGUUCAAAAUCUUCUUGCAAAAAAGAUACGGGGACACGUGGAAAAAAACAGAAAUCGAAAUGUGAUCCUGAUGUUCUGAUGGAAGUGCUGGGAUCUCAGACACUGAUUUUGACUUACCUAAGAGCAAUGGUCGGAAAAGAUGUUGCUGAGCUCGAGAAAAAAGCAGAAGAAAACUUGUUAAUGUUGUGUGAAGAAAAGGAGAGAGAACAGGAGAAGCUCUAUGAGUUGAAGCGUGAGGUUCUGCUCAAAGAGAGAGAGCAGAGACUUGAAGAGGCAUUAGACAAACAGAUGGAAGUACUUUCUCCUCUUGUUUCUGUUUUGGGACGGUUUAAAGAGCAAUACAAAAGCUUUGCAGCUUCCUUGGAUGCUACUAGGCAUGAAUUACCCAUGAGGAAUAUUCACAUAGAGGGAGAUAUGCCAACAUACCUAGACGAAAUGCGAAAGCAGUUAACCAUCACACAGGAACUUCUGGCAGAAGUUAUGCCAAGCUACUCAGAAGAAAGUGCAAAAGCAUGCAGUGUACUGAAAGACAUUAAAGAGGUGUCUCAAGAACUGGAUAAAGAGCUUCAAAGGAGCUUCGCCCAAGUGCAGAACCUGUCAUAUGAAGUUAGUAAAGAAAUUUCACUGCAUAAUCAAAGUAUAUGCGAAGACAAUUAUGGACUAGAUGUUGUGAAACACUGGUACUUCAACUAAAUUUGUGUAUAUAGAAUUCUUUUUUUUUUUUUUUUUUUUUUACUAAUGGGUGGGUGCUAAAUCAGUGUCAUUAGACUUGUUAUCUUUUUUGCUUCUUGUCUUUGUUUCAUACCUUUGCUUUACUUAUGAACAUACAACUUGUCCAGUUCUUCAGUUAUACCAGAAUAUGAAAGCAGCAGCAUGGAUGACUAAACUAAUAUAAAAAUGGAAUUUUCUCCUGCAUGCUGCCCUAUAAGGAGACAACUUUUUUAAAUGUGCAUUUCUGUGGUGCCUUUCUCAUCACUUGCUGCCUUGACAAUAUUGAAAGGUACAUAAUAAGAAAUCAUAUUCUUGGCAAAUAUGAACUGUGUCUUCUUUACUUUAUUGCAGCUGUUUUCAAGUGCAUUGCUUUACAUCUCUUCCCAAGAUAGUGUUCCUUAGAGGGCUAUGUAUCAGAAUAGAAAUGUGGAACUGUGUAUAUCGUACUGUUUGUCGAUUUAGUCAGGAGGAUCUGUAGGAAUGUACAGCGUUGUACAUCAUUGGUGACUCAGUGAACAGCUUCUGGAGGAACUCUUAAUUGUCCCUUUGUUUCUGGAUUUGCCAAGAGGAAAAGCUAUAGAGGAAAAGCUAUAAGGAUAGCAAAUAAUGAGGCUGAUGAAUGGAAGAGGAGCCUGGUCACUUGUAACAAGUGGAAAGUUUUGGUAAAUUGUUGCCUAAUUGUCUUGGAAACAAGUUACUAAAACAUAUGCUUUUGUAUUAACUCAAAACCUUCUCUUUAAGUACUUGAUAUUUUUACAAUAAAGACUGUUUUCCACUGCUGUAUGAAGAGCCGUCGUGUUUGAAAAUCUUCAUUGAUCUCCUAAAGAAGCUUUUGUUUCCAUCUGGUUUUAAAUGGGGCUAAUACUACACGAUGUAUAUAGCGAUGGACUUACAGGCACUAUACCAGUCCCAGUGGCAAGCUGUGUCCUACUGGUACCUAAAGUGCUGAGGCCAGUAGAUUCUGAAUGUGGAGAGAAACCUCUAAUCUAAAUGUUGAAUAAGUGCCUGGAUGAGACAAACAGCGAACAUUAUGAACGUACAUGCCAGAUGUGGAAGUUCUUUAACAUACUUUUUGUUUUAAAAGUGGAAUGUGUCUCUAUGAAAGACAUGCCAUACCCUGUAUUUUUACCUGUGUAUCUUCUUUCUGUGAUGUUUUGCUUUGUAUUGUCAGCAUAAUGGUAUGUUUCUGGUUUAAGCUGUGUCUGUAAAGCUUUUUUGCCGGCUGAAAAAAUACCUGGAGCGUUCUCCUUACACACCCUGAAGUAAGUGCUUUUAAAUGCUAUAAGUGAUUCAGGCUUUCUUCCUGCUAUUAGUUAGUAAGGGUCCAAGUAAAUUCCAUCUCCCCUUAGCUUAAUUCACUCCUAUUUUUUACUAUAGUAGUAGAUGUGCAGUGCAUUGGAAUAGAAGUCCAUGUAUGACAAGCUAUUAAGACUUUCUUGUAUAUAGUAUCCGUAUCAUUGUUUCAUAGCAGCUUAUCCAUGAGCCAGUGGGAGUUGUUUUAAGAUGUUAUCUAUCAUUUCUUCUUCCUCAGCUGUGGUGGAUGAACUGCACGUGAUAGCUCACCUGUGUGUGCUGCCAUUUAGGCCAUGAGCCAUAGGUACUGUACACAGCAUGAUUGUAUUCCUGGUCAGGAACGUGAGCUGCACCUACAAAGUUGGCCACUGGAUGGGGAAAUUUACUAAGCAGUCAAGUCAAGUUAGCGGCAAAUUAGCAGUCUCAUUUUGGUGGAUGGACAUGUCAGUAGAAAGGGUCCUAUACAGUGAAACCACUGGUCAAACAACAGUUUUUCCUAGGUCUGGAUAAUCGCUAGAAUGCCUUUAACCUGUUCCUACGAGCCCUCUUAACUUUCUGAGUCUCAGCACACUUAAAUUAGAGUGGGUAGGGAUGAAAUAAUCGAGUUUAUAGUGUCCUCAUAAUUUUGUCUCUGCACAGACACAAGGCAGAAUGUUUUUCCUGGGGUUUCUUGAUAGUAGACCUCAUUGUUCAUCUCAAAAAAUAAUAAUUUUAGGAAAUACUUUUAAAUUGAACCUAUCAUCUUUAGUUAAGUGAUGUACUACCACUGAAAUGCAGUUGUAUAUAUACACCAAAAUAUUACUUAAGCAACAGGCAGCAAAACAUUUGUUUUUUAAGAAGUGCUUUUAUUUCAGGGACAUCAAUUUCCAUCUAAAGAAUAAAUGUGUGUU